UUACGGGGGUGAGGGAGAAAGAGGGGUGCCCCAUCCCGUGCAUUGCACCCCGCGAUAGAUCCCGGCCCAAUUCCAAAAAGCCAGAAAGCUAUGCUAAUCCACACGGGUUGGUGAAACCCAUAGUCAACGACGGUUUAGCAGCCCGUGUGGAUAACAUUGCUCACUAUUCUUCUUCCUCAAUCCUGGUUCGAUUAGGAAAUGGUUCUCCCGGCCGCAGCCUGAAUCUUGAGUCCCAAAGCUGGUUCAGAUUUCCUUUUUGGAUUUUGCUUCGAUCGUCUGAAGUUUGAACUCUAUUCUGAUUCCGUGAUUCGGACUUGGGAUUCCCUCAAUUCCCCCCCUCUCUCCCACCACUUUGCAUCGUACCGUUCUGUUUUCUCAAUCGAUCCGCCUUUCUUUCCUUCAAGUUUUUGUCGUUCUCCACCAUCCUUCCCUGCAAAAACCCGUCUGAUCUGUUCCUGCAAAGACUCGUCUCAUAAGUAGCUCUCUUUCUUACGUUAACAACAAUGGUGGGUAGUAGUAAUGGCUCGCAGCAGAAGAGCAGAAAAGGAAUAGGUUUGGAACAAUCGGAAGGCCCGUCUGAAAGCUCGCAGCUGAGGAGUAGAAAAGGCGCGGCGCCGGGAUUGGAACGAUGUCUGGAGGGUUUAUCCAACAGGAAAGGAUCCGUAAGGGAACUAGCCCUUUCUCUUAUCAAUGAUGCUCUUUUGAAUAGUUUGCAUCAUAAAAAAUUCUUUAACAAGUACUCAAUCACCUUACUGCACCACUGUCUGAAUUCCAUCAAGCGUGGUUCAUCUACCCCCAAAGAGAUAACCUUAGCUUCUCAGGUUAUUGGAUUAAUGGCUCUCUCUAUUGGUAAUAUGGGAGAAGAUGUUUUGUCUUUGCCUCAUGAGAUAUUGGAACUCUCGUUUCCCGACCUUUCUUAUGCUCUUCUUGGUAAGUCUUCUUUUGGGUCUAGUUCAGAUUCUGAUAAGAGGGUCAAUUCUUUCUUGGAUUGCUUGGCUAUUGUCACAUUCGUUGGGGGAGACCCUGAUGAGAUUGAAAGGUCUAUGCAAACUAUGUGGCAGUUUAUUAUUCCUGAAUCAAAAUCAUCACGUCCCAAAUUAGCAUCUGCCAUAUCUGCUUGGACAUUCCUCCUUACAUUCAUCAAUGGGUGGAGAGUUCAUUCAAAAUUCUGGCAGCAGUCGACUUAUUACUUCUCAAAUCUUGUUCGUGAUGAGAAUGAUCAAGUUCGAGUUGCAUCAUCAGAAGCAUUGUCUCUUAUCUCUGAGAUUGGGUACUUGAAUAAAUUUUCUACUAAUGGCUCUUGUGACGGUCUGAAGGAACAGUUGGUGAGUCCUGCGAAAAUACAAACCUCUGUGAAAAUCGGCCGAGAUUUAUUAAACAUAUCAAUGUGGUCACAAUCCAUAAAGAUAAACUUUGUGAAGCGUUUUCUAGGAGGUGGGUUUGUCAAGCACAUGAAAGAAAAUGAGUUUCUUCAACAUGUAUUUCACUUCACUCCAGAGCCAAAACAACUUCAUCCAAGUUUUGAAGAAGAACAGCAGUCAGAUUUUGGAGAAGAGGAAGCUCUUUCUACAUACACAUCUGAAGUAAGAAAGCAAGAGGAAUUGUGUGGGAAUCAGAAAUAUCCCAGUUCUGCACUCAGCAAAGCUAGGACCCAGUUACUGAACAAGCAGCGCAUGUUAUCUCAUGGGAGAAACAAUGGGCACUUUGCAGUUAGUGAAGAGAAUGGUUUUUGUAAUUAAUCACAGCAGGUCAAGUCCGAAAAAUGAUUGUUACAGAAAUGUGAAUGCUUAGAUGAAUGAGUUGUAAAACUAUAAACAAUAGGUUUGGAAAUUAAAGCAUACGAAGGAACCUAGGAAUUGCUCCAAUGUGUGAUAAAAUGGGAGAAAGUAGAUUGAGAUGGUUUGGUCAUGUGCAUUUUAGACCAUCUACAACACCUGUUAGAAAAGUGAUCUGUUACAAAUUUAAGGAGCUAGAAGAGUUAGGGGACUGAAAAGGACUUGGGUGGAAAUAAUAAGAAAUGAUUUAGGUGCUCGUAAUUUAACGAUGAAUAUGACACUGAACAGAAUGGAAUGAUGAAACAGGAUUCAUGUAGCUGACCUCAUAUAGUUGGGAUUGGGACAAGGCUUAGAUGGUGAUUAAUCAUGGCUGGCCAAAUGAAAAGUCAAGUUUUGUUUUCUUAAUUUCUGAAUGGAAAUAUUCAUACAUUCAACUA